CCUCUCCACAGGCUCCUCCCCUUCCUCAGUUCACAGGUCAGCCUGUUGCUGGGGCUCUGGAUCUUUCCACUCUCCAGGUGCUGUGGCUGUCAUCCUUCUGGGUCCUAGUGUUUCCCUGCUAGCUGCUGGCAUCAUCCAGUAGGGGAACUGUUAACCCCUGCAGUACUAGGGCAAGUACAUUCCCAGCUCAGUUCCUGGAAACUCUGUAACAGACUUCUGCAACAGCCACAACUGGAGCCGGAGCUGUACACUCUCUGUAAUAGCUCAUUUUGCCAUACUUGGACAUAAACCAUUCUUGGUUUGGAUAUAAAGGCCCAAGAGCAGAUUUGUUUAAAAAGCAGAUAUCACCGACACUACCUUGCAAUGAAUAAUUCUGGAAGCCCAAAACAGAGCCCAGGUCCGCUUUCAGAUAAAGGAGUUGGAGAGAUAAAAACAACCAUUCAAGAAAGAGAAACAUCAGCAUAUCAACAUGGACCUGGAGAAAGGGGAAAAGAACCUGAGUCACCCAUGGAAGCUGAGACAUAUUUCCUAAUUAUGUAUCUAGAAAAAAAGCCUGAUUGUGAGUUGAAAGAAGAACAAAAAGAGAGCUACAGGAAGAAGGGUGGAGAACCGUCUGGUCACCAUUUGUAUAGAGAAGCUGGUGCAGCAGGAAAAAGAACAGCAAGCCAGGGAUUCUCUAACAUGUCUGGAAAUAGGACAGAAUACACGAGUAAAAAUCUGCACAGAGAUCAUCAAAGCCAAUCGGACAAACAUUCUGUAUCAGGUCGGAAAUGGCUUGGCACUCCACUGGAGCACAUGAAGAGAAUGCCAACAUGCAACAUGGUACAUUCAUCACUGAGGCCUUCCGACAACCACACGGUCACUGUAGAGUAUCCCAAUAUACAUGAGAAGGUGGUGCCUAAACCCUACCCAAAUUCAUUAAUUGACAAAUGGGACAACUCGUAUGUUAAAAUGCCCUGUUCACAACACAACUUGUAUCCAGUGAAUGACCAGAAUGGAGGACAGAUCACUGCUAGUCGGUGGAACCUUAUUGAGUCCUCGCUCAGUAGCAGGAUCAGAAACCCACAUGAUGUAAAGGACGCUAUUCUGGCAUAUAACGUGUCAUAUGCCAAGAGAUGGGACUUCACCGCUUUGAUUAACUUUUGUGUAAAGGUGAUGGAUGAUGCUGAGCGUACACAUCUCUUCAGUUCUGUUCUUCCUGACAUGGUUUCAUUGGCUCUCAGGCUCCCUAAUCUCUGCACAAAGCCUGUUCCAUUGCUGAAGAAAAGAAUGAAUCAUUCAGUCACCAUGUCACAGGAGCAGAUAUCUUGUCUUCUGGCCAAUGCUUUCUUCUGCACUUUCCCACGGCGGAAUGCCAGAGAAACAAAUUCUGAGUACUCUACAUACCCUGACAUAAACUUCAACAGAUUGUAUGAAGGAAGAAGUCCAAAGAAAGCAGAAAAGCUGAAAACAUUAUUCUAUUACUUUCGGAGAGUCACAGAGAGAGCGCCUACAGGUUUGGUGACAUUCACAAGGCAAAGCCUCAAUCGGUUUCCUGAGUGGGAGAAAUCACCCAAGAAGCUGAGAAAGCUCCACAUUACAUGUGAAGGAACGAUUGAGGGUAAUGGACAUGGAAUGUUGCAGGUGGCUUUUGCCAACCGCUUUGUGGGUGGUGGUGUGACUGACUCAGGUCUAGUCCAGGAAGAGAUCCGCUUCAUCAUCAAUCCUGAGCUGAUAGUAUCACGCCUCUUUACCGAAGAGUUAGAGCCCAAUGAGUGUCUUAUUAUAACAGGUGCAGAGCAGUAUAGUGAGUAUAAAGGUUGCGCUGAAAGCUACAGAUGGGAUCGUCCUCAUAGAGAUGAAACUGCACGAGACCACUGGCGGAGACUAACUACGGAAAUUGUUGCAAUUGACGCUUUCCACUUCCGACAAUCUAUUGACCAAUUUACCCCAGACAUGUUAAAAAGGGAGCUGAACAAGGCCUAUUGUGGAUUUUUCCGUGAAGGAAUCCAUCCGGAGAAGCUGUCAGCCGUUGCAACGGGCAAUUGGGGUUGUGGUGUUCUUGGGGGAGAUCCUAGGUUAAAAGCCUUAAUACAGCUUCUGGCAGCUGCAGAAACCGGGCGAGAUGUUGUGUAUUUCACCUUUGGGGACAAGGAGUUAAUGCAUGAUGUCUACAAAAUGCAUCGCUUCCUUACUGAGCAGGACAAAUCAAUAGGUGACAUUUACAAGUUGCUGUUGAAUUACCAUUCUGAUGUAUGCAAUAAAUAUUCUACCACAAGACCAGAACCAAAACUGUAUACCUUUAUAUACAACAAUCCCUGAAGCAUUCUGGCAAAAGACUUUUGUAUCCAUUAAGAAAUAAUAUCACUGCUGUAAUCCACCACAGUAACCUGUUGAAUCUGCUGGGAGUGACGUAUGGAUAUGGAUUGUAUAUCCGGUGUAGAUACCAAUGCAUUUUAGUCUUCUGUGGUUUUCGAUUAGGGCUGUGUUUUAAUAAUUUAAUAUUACGCUUUUCUGGAAUAUUUUUUCCCCAUUGAUUUUUCUUAUAUUUCAGAGUUCAUAAUUAUUUUAUUAGAUUAUUUACAGGGACGAGAGCAUAACUGUGCCACACCAACCACUGAAUGUCCACAAUAUGUGUGUUCCUAGCUGCUGCCACUGUAUAAUCUAAUCUAUAAUGCAGCAGUGGCUCAGUAUCAGGGUUGGAAACCAUAUGAGAGCAAGCUGUGUCCAAUACCAUACCUCCCAACUGUCCCGAUUUUCACGAGACAGUCCCGUAUUUUGGGGACUGUCCUACCCGCUGGCCACAGUGUCCCGUGGUGGUGGGGGAGGGGGAAGGCAGUUUGGAGGCUCCUGUCAGUCACUGCUCUGCCUAUCAGAGCAGCGGUGAAUAGACGCUGUGCACAUGUGCACAGUGUCUACUCACUAGAGACGGAGGGACAGGGGGCAUGCCAGCAGCUCAUAGAGCGCUGGCCAUGCCCCCACAGUGACGAAAAAGGGGACAUGGCUCGCGAUUGUGGCACUCCUAUGAAGCCACACCUCCUUUUAUAUAUGUCACGCACCCUUUUCGGACGGGCGCAGCUGCGCCACGCCAAGUGUCCCUCUUCCACUUCUCCCAAUGUUGGGAGGUAUGCCAAUACCAUCGCUGACAAUAGCUAGUCAGUAUCUAGCAGGCCAUCAUUGGGUGAUGUCAUUCAGUAGAAGCAGCUGUGCUUAUAGUUUCCCAUCCUUCUGUACAAUCCUUCCAGUGGAUAUAGCGGCAGUGAUCUGGAACAUACAGGGCUUACCUCUCUAUUACAAGCAGUUAUGACACUCACUUGGCAUGGCAAACGGCAUGCCGCUGAGUUUAAAUUUAGGGUACAGAAUGUGUAAUCUGCCUUGAUGAAUAAUAAAACUCUAU